AUGUUUUCAUGGGGAGAGGACUGGCAGCAGGGCUUUCGCUUGAAAAGACCCUCAAAUAUUUCACCUGCUGAUGGAGUAUGCUCUCUAAACCUCAGCUUUCAAGUCACAGAUCUUUCAGCAGGUCACAGACUGCUUGCCUUCAUUAAAAGAAAUGGGGAUGUUUACAUCAUUCACACAGUUGAGAGCCAAGAUGAGGGAAGAGUGAGAGGGAAACAGAAGAUUGUGAAAUGCGAAGAGAAGAUUGAGGCUGUGAGUUGUGGUGAAGAUGUGGUGAGAAUUCUGUCUGAAAGCGGCAUCGUUUUUUGUGUGGAUCAAACUCGCCCUCCUUUCAGUCCCAGCACACCAGAAGCACUGCGCAACAAACAGGUGUCUCAGGUGACUUGUGGGAGCCAGCAUACAGUCGUUUUGACAAAAGAUGGUCAGUUGUAUACUUGGGGCCAGGACUCCAGGGGGCAGCUGGGUCUGGGCACAAACGAGCAAUACGUGAAUUCACCCCAGCAUGUCAGAUCUUUGUCAGCGAUCCCAGUGGUCCAGGUCGCUGCAGGUGGAGAGCAGAGCUUCGCCCUCUCUGUCUCUGGAGGAGUGUUUAGCUGGGGCAGAAAUGACUGUGGACAGCUUGGACUGGGUGACACACAAGACAGACAUACACCGACUCCGGUUCAUUACCUAAACAUGAAGAAAACUGUUUCCAUUUCCUGUGGGAAGGACCACACCGCCGCUCUGACAAAGGACGGUGCAGUGUUUACAUUUGGCUCUGGUCAAUAUGGACAGCUUGGCCACAACUCGUUACAAAAUGAACAGCGUCCUCGGCUUGUUGCAGAGCUCUGGGGGGCAAAGGUCACAAAGGUUGCAUGUGGGAGCUACCACACACUGGUACUGACAGAAUCCAAGAAGGUGUACUCGUUUGGGUGUAAUGAACAAGGGCAGCUGGGACGUGAAGAAGAGACUCAGGCAUCAGUGCCACUACCUGUGCAACUGCCACAUGACAUUUCUAACAUCUAUGCAGGAGGAAACACUUCAUUUGCAACACGCACGCCUGAUGAGGGCGCUGAUAACGAGUCAGGCAGUGGCACAAAGAACAAGGUGACAGAACACUCUAUUGAUAACAUGAUUGACAAAUGGGUCUCUGCAUAUAAUCCAAAGCUGUGGAAAAAUAUAAGAGAGGAAAUUCACAGGAUGCUCACAUCUCCAUCCUGUAUGAAUCAAAGCUUUCUUGACAGGAGCAAAGAUAAACAUUUCCAAACUUCACCAACGUACUCCGGUUUGGACUUGUCACUUGCACGGCGAAGUUUUGAGAAGCUGGUGAUGCGAGAUGUUGUUUUUGCAGAGGCUGAGACUGCUGUUCUGCAGCUGCUUCCAUCUGUUGAUAUGAACCCUGUGGGAGUGGAAGGAUUGAGGAUCUUCCUGCUUCUCAAUGAACUUCUGCAUGCAUGCAUAGAGAAAUGCAGAUGGCAACAGAGCAAAAGGCUUGCUGAUGCAGUCGCUGCUACCAUGCAACGACUCCCCAAUGAAAGCGUCCAGAUUUUAG